ACAUCACGAUGUUAUCAGAUUCAUGCAACUUUUGUGAUACAUUAGGUACCAAGGUACAUAUGUAGUAACAAUCAACAUUAACUCAUAGCUAAUUCCAUACGCUGAACCGUUAUGAUCUCCCCAUCACGGAUUGAAGUAAAAAUUCACAGAAAUAAUUGUAGAUUUCGAUAUCCACCUGCUGGAUCCGGUCAAAGCCUCCCCGCAAUCUUAUUGGACUAAAUCUCAAUCCCUGGCGCCUUCAAUACCGAGCCGUCGAAUAAAAUCGAUAGGGGAUAGCCUCCCUCUCCACAUUGGACGCCAAGGAAGAGGAACUUAUGUUGCACCCCAGGGAUGACGUCUCAAUGUCUCACUUCGAACGAACAACACUGGAAAUGGUGAGGCAGAUGGUUAGCCUGCUCGCUGAAUUUACGUUAGCGAACAGGCCAUUGUCGGGUUGAUGUCUACCUAGGUACCUGGGUACUUGAAGUCUCUCGUUCUUUCAGAUAAAAUGUUGUUUGCGGUCCUUACUCUUCUUGCCGGACAGGCUUUUGCUGUUCCUUCUCCACUAUCCGUCAAGGCCAAUCAAGCUUCAGCUCAAGCCUUCACAUCGACCUCAGAUCUUAAGUAUAAAUUGAGCGCCGUCGAUGCGCCCGUAUCUGGCGCCGGUAACCCCGGAGAUACAUCAAAAUGGAGCUUGAGUAUUGACGACACAUCAUCCGGGUACAAGCAAAAAAUCACUGGUUUUGGAGGUUCAGUAACGGAUGCCACUGUUACUGUCAUCAAUGCAUUGUCUGCCGACAAACGAUCUCAACUCUUGAAAGAGCUAGUAACUUCGGACGGUGCUAACUUCGCUUUACUUCGUCAUACGAUUGCCGCGUCGGAUUUAUCUGGUCCUCCUGCUUAUACGUAUGAUGAUAACAACAGUAGUGCGGAUCCUAAUCUUGAUGACUUCGGCCUGGGCGACCGUGGGACCGCUAUGGCAGAUUUACUGAAUGAGAUUAAGGGUCUUCGUUCUGAUAUCACCAUCUUCGGGAGUCCAUGGAGCGCUCCUGGCUGGAUGAAGCUUAAUAGGGUUCUGACUGGUAAUGCCGACAACAACUGGCUCGACUCGCAGUACUAUACGCAAUACGCUCAGUACUUUGUCAAGUACCUCCAGGCCUAUGCGAAGCUCGGCGUUACGCUCGACGCCAUCACCAUUCAAAACGAGCCUCUUAACAAUCAGGGAGGUGGUCAUGUCACCAUGUACCAGACCGCUGAUGAAGCUGCGAAGGUGACGCACGAUUACAUCGGACCUGCAUUGCGCAGUGCCAACCUAGAUACCCAAAUCUGGGCUUAUGAUCACAACACCGACCAACCUAGCUACCCCCAGACGGUCAUCGACGCGGCAAGCGAAUACGUUCAAGCAACAGCAUGGCACUGCUACGCAAGUGAUCUCAAUUGGACAGUUCUCACCGAUUUUCAUAACACGAAUCCUGACAAGGCGCAAUUUAUGACGGAAUGCUGGACUUCGCCGCAGACAUCAUGGUAUCAAUCUUCCAAGAACACAGUCGGCCCGUUACAGAAUUGGGCUGAGGGCUCACUUAUGUGGACUUUGGGUACUUGGACCGAAGCUUCGGAUGGAACGUUCGGGCCUUAUAUCAACGGAGGUUGCUCUACUUGUCGUGGUCUAUUCAUAGUAGACCAGGAUGCGGGCACAUAUGAGUACACGGUGGAUUACUAUAUGCUGGCUCAAUUUUCCAAAUACAUCCCCAAGGGUGCAACAAUUCUUAGUGGCAACGGUAGCUACAGCUACGAUGGGUACUCCGGCGUACAAUCCGUCGCUUCGAAGAACCCUGACGGCACACGAACGGUUGUAAUUGAGAACACGUUCAGUAAUGAUGUUUAUCUUACGCUGAACACGACUAGCGGCGAGCAGUGGAGCGGUAAUCUUCUCGCCAACAGCACCACGACUUGGAUCUUACCUUGAGCUAUAAUUCGUGAUAACCCAACAUUUACCUCCUGUAAAUAUUCUAUUAAAUUAACAUAUAUAGUCGCAUAAUUCAAUCAUUAUUGUAUAUGGAUCA